AUGGGGAAGAUCACAUUCUACGAGGAACGGGGCUUCCAGGGCCGCUGCUACCAGUGCAGCAGAGACUGCCCCAACCUGCAGCCCUACUUCAGCCGCUGCAACUCCAUCCGCGUGGACAGCGGCUGCUGGAUGCUGUAUGAGCGCCCCAACUACCAGGGCCACCAGUACUUCCUGCGGCGCGGCGACUACCCCGACUACCAGCAGUGGAUGGGCCUCAACGACUCCAUCCGCUCCUGCUGUCUCAUCCCCGACACAAGCUCCCAUAGGCUGCGGCUGUAUGAGAGAGAGGACCAGAGAGGCCUCAUGGCGGAGCUGAGCGAGGAUUGCGCCUGCCUCCAGGACCGCUUCCGCCUGAGCGAGGUCCGCUCGCUGCACGUGCUGGAGGGCUGCUGGGUCCUCUACGAGAUGCCCAACUACCGGGGGCGGCAGUACCUGCUGCGGCCCCAAGAGUACAGGCGCUACCAAGACUGGGGGGCCGUGGAUGCCAAGGCAGGCUCUCUGCGGAGGGUGGUGGAUUUAUACUAA